AUGUCUACCACCCGCAUCGCAGUUGUCACAGGUGCCUCUCGGGGAAUCGGAGAGGCCGUCGCCUUGCGUCUUGCAGACGAUGGAUUUGACGUUGCCGUGAACGACAUUCCUGCAAUGGCAGAAUCGCUCAAGGCGCUUGCCGAGAAGAUACGGCAGAAGGGCAGACGCUCUCUCGCCGUGACUGGGGAUGUAUCGAAUGAGAACGACGUGAAGACCGUGGUUGACAAGGUCGUAGAGACACUUGGCGGACUGGACGUUAUGGUCGCAAACGCAGGCAUCGCCCUGGCGAAGCCUGUCGUCGAGACUUCUGUCGAAGAAUAUGAUCGCAUUAUGUCUGUCAACGUCAAGGGUGUCUUCCUGUGCUUCAAGUAUGCUGCUCUCCAGAUGAUCAAACAAGGACGAGGUGGAAGAAUCAUAGGCGCUUGUUCCACGGCCGGUAGGAGGGGAAUGACCAAUAUUUCUGUAUACGCCGCAUCAAAAUUCGCAGUGCGGGGACUUACUCAAACUUGUGCGCUCGAAUGGGCGAAGCACAACAUAACUGUCAACAGCUAUGCUCCUGGGAUAAUUAACACGCCGCUCGUGACGGAGUCGAAUGAGGUUGCGAGGGAGAAAAAUUCAACCACGGUCGUCGACACGCUUGGUCUCGGGAAGGAUACUCCAAGCGCAGAGCCCUCUGUCAUCGGAGAACUGGUCUCCUACCUCGUGAAACCAGAGUCUCAGUUCGUCAGCGGCCAAUGCAUAAACAUCAACGGAGGCGUUUUCUUUGACUGA